GCAACAUCAUGUCGACAUCGACGUCUUUGUCUCUAUCGUCUUUGAGACUCUUCUACAGAAGUUGUCUUUGUGAUCAAAGUGUUCGAAGAUUUGUACUUUAUGUUCAGGGUCAGUCGCUUGGACCCGGAAAGCGUGAAUACUUCUACUAUAUUGAUCAUCAAGGCCAACUGUUCCUUGAUGACAUGAAAAGGAAAAGCUUUAUUACUUGCUAUAAAGAUGUGGGAUUCUUGUCAUUUUUCUUCAGACAACUGAAAUUGAACACACUGGACAGAUACACACAAGAAUUUCCCUUUAUCUCUCCCUGUGGAGAAGAACUGAAUUACGCGCGAUGUGAUGAUCAACCCAUUGUAUUUACUCAUCAUCUAGAUGCAGAGACAGUUGACGCAGCUCGUCAGCGAGUAAGAAGUAAUGCUCCACAUGGAUAUUUGUCAUAUGGUGGAACAGGCCAUAGACUUGUUGUCCCAUUUCAACCUUCAAAACUAUGUAUGUUACCAAGUACAGGACGUGUAUACCAUCCUGCUCCUGAAAGAGUUGGUGGUAUUGGAUUAGUGAAAUCAAGCUUUGCUAUAGAGAUCAGCAAGUUCUUCCAGUAUGCUGAUGCUACAGAUGAAAUGGCUUGUCCAACACACUUUGUGUGGCAAGGAAACAGGUACUUGCUGGACAACUAACUCAGUAAACUAAUAGCUAACUAAUACACACAACUUAUAAUUAAGUCCUAGCUCUCUCCUUUGCUAGGAUGCAAGGUAGCUGUUACCUCAAAGUGAGAUGGUUAUGUGUGAGUGGACUCUUAAGGCCAUACCAAUUUACCAUAUACAUAUG